AUGGACUCCAUGGAUCUAUUCGAAGCCCACUACCGCAUGGGGUUCGACCAGAACCGGAUCGGCCGCUGCUAUAUCUCCCCGAAGACAUGGUGCAUACUCAAAGAGGACGGAUUCGUCGCUCGGGGAGAGGACCCCAGGGUUUUUUUCUCGGACGGGAAGCCUUUCGUCAUGGACAACACGUGGGGCGAUGCUUCGCUCCUGGAUCAAUACAAGCGCUACGACCGUAUCAGAUUGCCCUCCACCGGGAAGAACCUCACGAUCGUACCCGACGAGGGACGCACGCUCAUGGUGGAAUGGUUCAAGCCCCUCCGCGUGCACGAGACGCGAGAUCUCGCAAAGGACAUGUGGACGCCAAAGAUCAUGAGGCACGAGAACGCCGACCUCAGCUACAGAGGAGGCACGCCCGGAUAUAGUUGCGCGGAAAAGAACCACUUUUACGGUUUCGGACAUAGGACAUCCAUGGAUGAGAAAGUCAGGCAUAGACCAUUCCUCUGGAUAUUAGAUACCGCGAAGUGGAAGGUCGUGACAUCGGAUCUAGAUAAUUGCGACUGUUUCUCCAACAACAUAGUAGAUCCCACGAGCGUGGUGGAGCAUGGGGGCAAGAGAUAUCUGGACCGCUUUCUUCUGGUUGGAAUAUCCCAGUACAUUGGCGACAUCAUUCCCUCGAAACCAGGGGUGUUUCUUCUCUACCCCGACCAGAAGAAAUCGGACAUUCUUUCCGUCCCAAAUGAUCAGCUGUUGAUCCGCAUCGAACGUGAAGUUCGCCAUACUUCCUCUCUACGAGAGGGCGCGAAAGAAUUCCUAGACUUCUAG